CAAACGUUUGACACCGGCCAUGCGUCAGAAGGAGCUCCAGGCUGCGAAGGAUGAUUCCCGUGUCUUUCAGUGGAAGGCCCGGGAGGGAACCCUCUAUGGUAGAGAGUGGUGUGACCUGCAGAUCCAGUUUUCCCCCCUGGAAGAGAAGUCCUACAAAACCGAGCUGAAGAUCAACAUUCGUGGGAACAGCCAGCUCCUCGUGCUGCACAUCUCAGGACAGGGUCUGGAGCCACGGCUGGAGUUCAGCCCCGCGGAGAUCAAGCUGGGAGCGGUGCUUCCGUGCGGCCCUGAGCUGGAGAGGACAGUGGUGGUGAAGAACCCCUGCGAGUUCCCCAUUGAAUUUUACUCCCUGGAGUUUGACGAGGAGUACCGUGAGGAGGAGAAGAUCCUGCAGACGCUGGAGGAGUUUGGAGACCGGGCAGCCGUGGUGAUGCCUCCACGCGCUGUGGGUGAGAAGCUGCCCCCAGAGGUGCUGGAAUAUUAUGAAAAAUGGAAGAAGAUGGAGGCUCUGGGUCAAGAGAUGUCCAAGCGCAAGGAAGAAUCAGGCGAGGACAAUGCAGCACUUCAAGAGAGCAUCAGGUUGUUGAAGGACAUGGUGGACGAGUGUGACAGGCCCAUCCGUCAGGCCAUCAGGCGCUACCUUGACACCAAUCCCGUUGUAGAAGAGCUCAAAGCCCAAAUGCCCAGAGGGAUUGCCAUCAUCGUCUAUGGGACCCCCCAGACAGGAAAGACAAGGGCGGCGGCCGCCCUGUCCAAGUAUUACAGUGCCGCCUGCUUGUCCCUGGACGAGGUGGUGACAGAAGCCAUGUCGGACGAGUGCAGCUCGGCGGGGCGCCGUGCCCGGGAGCUGUGCGUCGAGGCUGCCCGUCAGCAAAGAGCCAUGAGGGAACAGAUGCUGGGUAAAAAGGGUGCUGAGGCCAAGAAAACCCAGCCCAGCCCUGGGGACAAAGCCAACCAGAAGACCCUCAGUGCUGGACACCAGAGCGCUUCAGCAAGGAUAAGGCAUCUGACAAACCCCAGGCAAGAUUUUCAGUGCCCUCCAAGAUGGCAGCCGUUUCCUGCGCCACCGCUCCUGCGCCACAGCGACUGACCAUCCUCACCAGGACAGGGAGAAAGGAGAAAAAGAGGAAGUGUUGGAGCUGUGUGCUGCCCGAGGAAUUGCUGGUGGAAAUCAUCUCUGAAUGCACCGACUGCGGGAAGG